AUGCGGGUUGAUGUAUCAGGUGCAGAUUCUGAUGCCUCCAUGACGGCCUUCUGCCUCAUCGCCAUGCAGGAGUCUCGCUCCCGAUGCGCUGCCUCUGUUAAUAGUCUGCCGGCCAGUGUAGACAAAGCAGUGUCCUAUCUGGAGAGGCGCCUGCCCCGCCUCACCAACCCGUAUGCUGUUGCCAUAACAUCUUACGCCCUGGCCAAUGAAAACAGACUGAACAAGGACGUCCUCUACAAGUUUGCUUCCCAAGGUGAAGCACCGUAG